AUGGGAAUCGAUGAGGAACGUGUUCUUCGCUUAGCACAGGAAGGUAAUCGUAAACGCGUGUUGCGAGCUCGUAAUAAGAAUCAACUACAAGAUCGGCAAAUAAACGAACCAAAUGACAACGAACAUAUUCAAAGAGAGGAUGAUAAUAGAUACAUGCACGUCAGAUCAACAACGUCUACUACUAUUAGCGAGGACGAUCACAAAGUAUUGCAGAAAUUUCAUCAGAUUUCACAUGUAUUCACCAAAAUGGAUCACACUAUUUGGUUCCAAACACCAAAUAAUGCUAAUGUUGGAGAAAGUGCCCAUGCGAAUAUAAACUGUGAUGGUCGUGACAUUUCCCUUCUUUCUGGAAUUGAUUCCUAUCGAAAUAAGUCAGACCUGUUUCAAUCAAUUCAAGUCGAACAAAGAUCAGCAUCUACGACUAUAUCUACAACUUUAACGCCUAUUACUCAAAAUUCAAAUUUUCACUGGACAAAUUUAACUCUAUAUAGACAUCCCGAUUAA